UUGAAUAAAAUUUCAAAGCACUUCCUAAUACUUGAACAACUGCCCACCAAGAGAUUAAUAAUAAAUAUGGAAAAAAGGAUCUCUGUUGAAUAAGUACACACAAUAAGACAAUGAAGCAUGAACAAGCUUACCUUUGCUCCAAGUGUAGCAAGCCUGAAUGUUCGCAUUCUUUGAUUCCUCUUGUUGUUUUUCGUCGAUGGCUAUUCUUUUCGGACUCUCUUCGAGGCCUGCCAUGCAGUGUAUAAAUAGUGGCAUUAGUGUGAGGAAAAGCCUCCAUGCACAUUCUUCAUUUCUGAACUUCAUAAAGAACAAUUAUGGUUUCCGGAAAGACUGCUUCUGAGCCGCCUUUCUUAGAACAUUAUAAAUCUAUAUUCAAGGCCUCUUCGGAAAUUAACCAAUUGAGAGAGAAACAACAGCAUCAAGUUGUGGAGGAAUGUGAGCUUCCCUUGAUUGAUCUGAGAGGCCUGAGGAGUGGGAACAAGGCUGAGAGGACAACAUGCAUAGCGACGAUUGCUAAAGCAUCUUCGGAGUGGGGAUUUUUCCAAGUUCUGAAUCAUGGUGUGAGCCUCGAGCUCCUUGCAGAGAUGAGAAAAGAGCAAAAGAAACUCUUUGAGGUGCCAUUUGAGCAGAAAGUCAGCUCUAAGCUCUUAAAUGAUUCAUAUAGAUGGGGUACUCCAUCCGCCACGUCUCUUGAUCAGUUCUCAUGGUCAGAAGCUUUUCAUGUUCCUCUUGCCAUGAUCUCUAAGGUGGAUAGUUGCAACAGGGAAUUCGAACAUCUCAGAGAGGUGAUGGAACUCAUUGCGGAUGCAAUGUCUGAGCUUGCUCACACUCUUGCCGGAGUUCUGGCUGAGAACCUCGGCUAUCCUGGGCAUUGCUUCGCUAAGAGCUGCAACAAAAGCACGUGUUUCCUUCGCCUGAACCGGUAUCCGCCAUGCUCGUUCUCACCAGAAACAUUCGGUUUGCAGCCUCACACUGACAGUGAUUUCCUCACCAUCCUCUGCCAAGACCAAGUCGGAGGCCUGCAGUUAAUGAAAGACUCACAAUGGGUGGCUGUCAAACCGAAUCCAAAUGCACUCAUUGUAAACAUCGGAGAUCUCUUUCAGGCAUGGAGCAAUGACAUAUACAAGAGUGUUGAGCACAAAGUGAUGCCCAAUGCAAAGCUGGAAAGAUAUUCCAUGGCCUAUUUCCUUUGCCCGUCAUAUGAUUCAACAAUAGGGAACUGCACAGAGGUAUCACUCUAUAAGAUCUUCACCUUUGGUGAGUUCAGGAAGCAGGUGCAGGAGGAUGUCAAGCAAACUGGGAAAAAAGUUGGGCUUCCAAGAUUUCUGAGAUAG